AUGCCUGUCCCUUCAUUAACAGAUUCAUUAACUGUCGGACCCCGAGGCCCCACACUUUUACAAGACUUUGUACUUCUCGAUAAUCUUUUCACCUUUGACCGUGAACGCAUUCCUGAAAGAGUUGUGCACGCUGUUGGUGCUGCAGCUUUUGGAGAAUUUGUUGUUACAAAUGAUGUUACAAAAUAUACAAAAAUGGAUAUGUUAAAAAAAAUUAAUCAAACUACUCCUGUUUUUGUUCGUUUCUCUACUGUUGGAGGCCGAGCUGGAAGCGCUGAUACUGCUAGAGAUCCUCGCGGUUUUGCCGUAAAAUUUUAUACUGAAGUUGGAAAUUGGGAUCUUGUUGGAAAUAAUUUGCCAGUUUUCUUCAUUAACGAUGCUAUAAAAUUCCCAGCUUUUGUUCACUCCCAAAAAUUAAAUCCAGUAACAAACUUGGGUGACCCAACAAUGACUUGGGACUUUUUAUCUUUGAAUCAGGAAUCGAUGAAUAUGGUUAUGAGAGUUUUUUCUGACUUGGGGACGCCUGAUGGUUUUCGUAAAAUGGAUGGAUUUGGUGUGCAUACUUUUGUUUUGGUAAAUGCAAAAGAUGAAAAAGUUUAUUGCAAAUUCCAUUGGAUAAGCCAACAAGGACAUGCUAAUUUGACAGCCGAACAAGCAACACUUUUGGCUGGUACUAACCCAGGUUAUUCUACUGGUGAUUUAUACAAUGCUAUUGCACGUGGAGAUUAUCCAAAAUGGGAUUUAAAAAUACAGGCAAUUUUUUAG